AUGGAUAUUUGGGGCGAGUCCAACGGCCCCCCUCGCAAGAAGAUGCGCAAGGGGACCAAGAGUUGUGUCGAAUGUCGUCGGCGCAAAAUCCGUUGCACCUACCACCCAGAUCGCCCUGAUACCUGCAAUGAAUGUCGAUUACGAGGCUCUACCUGUAUUGACCAAGAGCAUAGCUCCGAUGACCCUGGAUCCGCGCCGGGCUCUACCCAAGGCGAUCAACGAUAUAGUCUGCGGGAGCGGGUAGCUCACCUAGAGACUGUAGUACAGGAGCUAUCCAAACGGCUGGACCAGCAAAGCUCAAACAACGCUCCUUCCCGGAAUCUCCCCCAGGCAGAAGUGACCCCGCCAGCAACCGAAUCCGAUCAACUCGGCCCAUCCAGCGACCAAAUUCAGAAUGCCCCGGUAAUGCAGCUGUUUGAUAACUAUCUCUUGAGCCGCCGCGAGGAUUCAGACAGCAAUGACCGAUUUGCAGGAGCGAAAGAUACCUCGCCAAAGGCACGAGCUGCACGAGCUGAGCUCCUGUCGCUACUUCCACCAACAUCAGAUAUUCGCAUGGUCAUUGCAGAAACUUCACAUUUAUGGUGUAUCUGGGACGAACAUUUCCCAGACCUCCUGACUCAGUUUGACUUUCCCUCAGAGCUUAGCGAGAGCACGGUUGCACCCGCCGAGAUCGCUAAGGCUGUUGUCUGUCUCGCUAUCAGUGUCAUCCAUCUACUUCCCGAGUUCAGUUUCGGUGCUCUACAACAUCCUUUGGAUCCGCAAGAAUUUGCCGCUCGCUGCACUGGGGUCGUGGAUCGCCUUGUGGUUCGUGACGAUGACUUUGCGGCCACGCUUCCUGGCAUUGAGGUUCAGAUGUUGCUUUCAAAGUAUCACAUGAACGAGGGCCGGUUGCGCAAGGCGUGGCUUGUCAAUCGACGAGCUAUUGAAUUUGCGCACCUCGCGGGCAUGCACUUGUCUACUCGUAACCCACGGCCUGCGGAUACUCUUUUUGAGCGACGGCUGCGAAUAUGGUGCUCUUUGACAACGGCAGACAGAUCUUUGAGUUUGAUCCUUGGUCUUCCGUACGGAGUCUCUGAAUCCUUCUUCCAGCCACAGAUUGAGCGGCGCCUGAGCAUGGGCAUCUCUGCCGCAGAACAGUAUAUGUUGCGCAUUGGGGUCAUCACCGGACAUAUGGUCGACCGCAACCAGAACCCAGCCGAUAUGUGUCUAGAGACGACUUUGAAGCUUGAUCAAGAGCUUAUGGAUGCUUGGAGAGCCUUGCCGAAUAGCUUCUACGGAACCGCCCCCGGUCCUAAUGAGCAGCGGGAGCAAUUUCAUGCUCGGAUUCCUUUGCAGUUCAUGCCCAAGGUGCUCCGAGCUCUCUUGCACAUGCCCUUCUUGCUAAAAUAUCCACAUGAUCAGCGCUUUAGCUUCUGCCAUCGUGAAGCCAUUCAAUCUGCCCGAGAUGCCUUGGUGCUGUAUAAAGUGCUUCGAUCAAUGACGAGGUCUUAUUUGUGCAAAAUGAUUGAUUUCUUUGCUUUUACGAUGAGCAUGCUCCUCAUCGUUCAUCUUCACGGCCACGCUGAUGAAUCACCGGUACCUCACAAUCAAAAAGAUGAACAAGACUGGAAGCUCGUGGGGGAAGUGGUCGAGAUUCUUGGACAGGCAGCGACUGAGAGGGGAGGAUCUGUAGCUGCCGAAUCAGCAAACAUCCUCGGUGCUAUCUUUCAUACCAGAUCACAAAUUCAUCGCAAUUGGCCGUCAUCAGCUACGUGCAAGGUCACGGUGCCUUACUUUGGAACCAUCACCGUCGGGGCUGGCACCAAGCUCUUGAGGCCUCAAAACAACCAAGGCCAGGACGAGACUGCUCCAAAACUGGUGCCAUCAGCAGACUCUUCAUACAAACCAAGUCCAAGUCAACUAUACACUCCCCCAUUAUCGGAUCCUGAUGGAACAUCUACGACGAAUACUAGCGGGACUUCAAAUACUCAAAGCCCCGUUUUUGCAACAGAAAGCACAUCCGGGUAUCCCAUCCAACCGUUGUCGCAAGGCGAAGAUGUUUCCAACACCACUUUUGCCGGUAUAGAAUCCAAUACAUUCACAGGGUUGUUUGAUGACUUUGGGCAAUUCACAUGGCCGAAUCCAGCUGUUGAUCUAGGUCUGGACUAUGGUUGGAAUUUGAAUUGGUCCGAGUAG